UGAAGUAACAAACCGUAUAGAGAAGUGUGCAGUAGAAUUGAAGCGAAAGAGACGUGAGUCGAUCCUUCUCUCUCUCUGUCUCGACCUUUGGAUACUGCCCCUCGGUUCCAUUCGACCCUCUCGCCUCGAAUUUUCUGUUCCUCUCCCCUCCUCUGUCGAUAGAAUCGAUCUCGUCUUCGCUCCACUUUGUCGAUCGCCGAACCAAGAACCGUCGGUUCUGCCUGGAGACCAGCGCGUUUGGGAGGAGGGCUCGGUUUGUUCCCUAUUUCGGAGGUUUGGGGGAGAACCGGGCGGUUGGAGAAUGCCUUGAUCGGGUGACGGGCUUUCUUCGUCUGAUCAGGAUUGCAGAUAGCUGCGUUUCAUAAACGGUUGCUGGGUGGGAAGCUUUUUGUUGCUAGGGGAAAGGAUGAUAGAAUGCAAUUUCUGUCACUCCAAAUUUCCGCUUCCAGCAAGUAAAACUGUGUCCAGGGCGUAUGACAACCAUAAGAGCAAGAUAUCCUCAAAACAACGAGCUCUUCAUGUUAUGCUGGUUGUUGGUGAUUGCAUCUUGGUGGGACUCCAGCCCAUCCUGGUCUAUAUGUCUAAGGUGGAUGGGAGCUUCAAAUUUAGUCCCAUCAGUGUUAAUUUUCUGACUGAGGGUACAAAAGUUCUCUUUGCCAUUAUGAUGCUGUUGUUCCAGUCUAGGCGACAAAAAGUGGGAGAAAGGCCUCUUCUCUCUGUAUCUAAUUUUGUGCAGGCAGCUCGAAACAAUAUUCUACUGGCUGUUCCUGCCUUUCUUUAUGCCAUCAACAAUUACCUGAAAUUUAUAAUGCAGUUAUACUUCAACCCUGCAACUGUUAAAAUGUUGAGCAACCUUAAGGUUUUGGUAAUUGCUGUUCUUUUAAAGACCAUAAUGAGAAGACGCUUUUCCAUUAUCCAGUGGGAGGCUCUUGCACUGUUGCUCAUUGGAAUCAGUGUUAAUCAGCUUAGAUCCUUGCCUGAGGGUACCACAGCGCUUGGUCUUCCUGUUGCAACUGGUGCAUACAUGUAUACACUGAUUUUUGUAACUGUACCUUCCCUAGCCUCAGUCUAUAAUGAGUAUGCUUUAAAAAGCCAAUUUGAGACGAGCAUAUAUCUUCAGAACUUAUUUUUAUAUGGCUAUGGUGCUAUAUUUAACUUUAUAGCAAUCAUCGGUACUGCUGUCCUCAAAGGGACAAGUAGUUUUCACAUACUUGAAGGACACUCAAAGGCCACAAUGUUUCUCAUUUGCAACAAUGCUGCACAGGGAAUACUCUCGUCCUUCUUUUUUAAAUAUGCAGACACAAUUCUGAAAAAAUAUUCAUCGACAGUUGCCACUAUCUUUACUGGCAUAGCGUCUGCUGCAUUAUUUGGUCACACUCUCACUAUGAACUUUGUAUUGGGCAUUUCAAUAGUGUUCAUAUCGAUGCACCAGUUCUUUUCUCCACUUGCAAAAGUCAAAGACGAAACUCCAAAUGGAGAUCUAGAGAUGAGGGAUGCCCAAGAUUACAGAUCCAAGGAAACAUCUUUCAUAGAUAUGGCUGCUGGUGCAACAGAGGAUGCUAGCCACCACGCUGGACCUGAUGAGAAACAACCACUUCUCCCCACAUAAAUUUUCUUGCAAGUUGAGGUAUGUUACUAAAAAGGCAUGGGUACUUCAUAUUUAGAAUGUCCAGUUGGGUGCAAUAGUACGAAGUGCAAAACUAGAAUUAGUCCGACAUGCAACUUGUGGAUUUUGUCGGUUGGUGUGUGCAUGCGUCAUGCAUGCGAUGUGCAUACGUGUGUUCUUCAAUGUGGUCUAAUCACCUUAGCACAGAGGAAGCUAACAGGUGACAACUGGUACUGGAAAUUUGGUUGUAAUUUGUCAACUUAUUAGGUCCAUAAUGGAACCCUUGCUCAAAAUUCUGGUUGGAAUUUGGUAGAAAAUUUAUAUACAUUAUUUGGUAUGGAUCGAGCAUUUGCAUUUUAUUCCAAUAAGUUUAUCGGAUCUUAAAAGAUGAACCAUGUCCAAACAUUUUGAGUAAUAAUUAGAUGCGGUUCUCAAACGGAUUCCGUCAACAACCCUACUUUCUCAAACGGGAUUUAGAUCACAUAUGACGUCUAUAGAGCAAACUUAAUUCUUACAUUAGCCACUGUGACAAUUAACCAAAUAUGGUAACUAGGUUGGUCAUUGAGAAAAAGAAUGAAGGGCUAGUUAGUAUACUCUAGUUUUCAAGUACCCUAUCCAGCAAAUUUUUAUUAUUUGACUAUUUGUAUGCUAUUUAACUACUAAAUAAUACCUAUAAUCUUUU